AUGUACGUGGCAUCUGAGGCACUCGCGUGGUUCGACCACGCCGUGCUGACGGCGGAGCACCUUGAGGAGGGCAACGACGAGCACCGCGUGGUGCGGCAGACCCUGACGGCAGCGACGCGCCGGCGCUUUGAGGCACAGACACUCACCAACUGCUCCCUCAACAGCAGCAGCGUGCAUGCGGCGAUGAACGAGUUUUACCGCAGCGUCGGGCAGCGGCAGAAGGCGGCGGCGAUAACGCCGAUGACAGCAUCACCACCGCACACAAUCGGCUGUCGCGCGGAACACGUCGCGUGCCCGAUCGACCACAACGCCGAGCCCUUUGCGCACACCGCCAGCGCCGGCGGGACAUACGCCGUUGUGACGGAGUGUUUGCCGCAGCACUUGUACUUGUUUGACCAGGCGAACGACAUCGCCAUCAGCCGCCUGAGGCUUGCCAGCAGUGGCGGUGAGGGCGCCGCAGCACCAAUACCACAUGAAGGCAGAGACGCUCCUAUUGACGAAAGUGAUCUUGUCGUUUCACUUGAUCUCGACCCCCGUGGCAACUUCUGUGUUGUGCGGUGGCGCUCCGGCAGAGCGGCGUACUACUACAUACCUUCCUGCCGCCCCUCGCGGCGGCAGAGCGCGGCCGACAUGCUGCACCGCGCCGACGCCCAAAAAAAGGAAGGCAAGGAGUUCGUGGAACGGCGGGAACGGCUGGAUGGCGACAUGACGCCCCGACGAUUCCCCCUAAUCCUCUGUCCAAGUGUCACCGGCACGCGCCAGCCAUUUGCCAUUGAGUGCAUUGCAUGGGACAUGCACAACCGCAGCGAUUUGACGACAGGCGACAUCAUUCUUGGCUCCAGCAGCGGCGGCAUUCUACUCGCAUGCCAGCUGGCGAGCCACGGCGUCGUUGCGGCGCGCAGGCUCUACCAAUUCCCACAACAUUACUGCUGCCACCCUAUUGACAGCGUCGCGUACGCUGUUUCCCUGGACCCAUCUGGUGCCCCGUGUCGCCACGUGGUGCUCGUUGCGCAGAGGAGCCGCAUGUUUGUAUUUGCUUCCCCAUGGGGCCGCGGCAGCGCACUCGAGGCCGCGUUCGAUGCAUGUCGCACUGUAGCGCCGCCCUGCGCUUCACCUCGCACACACACAACCCCGGCAUAUGGGGUGGUGGACGGCACGACUGGAGGAAGUUUGUCCAAUUACAUCUAUUUCGGGGACGACGCAACGGGCACCGCAGCUUCCGGCCCUGCCUCUGCUGCAAUCGGCUGCCACCACAGGGCGCCCUCCAGUCUUGUUACUCACGCAGGCGCGAUGAUGCCGCGUAUUGGUGCUGAGUUUUUAACAUCACGCUUACUUUCUCAAGUGGUAAUUCUGGACCCUCGCGAGUUACUCCCAACAGCCACUUCUACCUUCACUGCAGCGACGAGAGGGAAGGAUGAAGACGACGAUAAAACGGAUAUUGCGCCCACAUUCGGUGCGGACGAACUUCCAGCCGUUUUUUGCUGGCAGUACGGCGACAUCAUCACGCAAGGUGUGGUUUUGCUGACCGAAACAGAGGGCACGGCUUCUGUGGAGGAAUCUCACAAAAUGCGCACCCAUUCUUCUUUACGUAACGGUGCCGGUUUGCACCCUUUAUCGCCUCGACCAAGAGUGCGCUCGCCGUCCGACAAGAAACGUCUUCCGUUCGGUCUGACGCACAACUUGUUGCCAAUCGGUGUGCUCAGCGUAGUGAGCCUCCAGUGUUGCCUGCAGGAGUUGUCGUGCCUGGUGCAGCAGUUCAAAAACAAUGCGCAGCGUCCACCAAUGUUUUGUCUUGUGCCUGUCGCAGCGGAAAAGAAAAUCAGUCCGCAGGUCGCCCCGGGGCGAAAUGCUGGAUCCCCCGAAAUGGGGGCGCAGCCGUUUCUCCCCCAUGAGACGCGUCAAAAAGCUUUGUUUUCAUUAUCAUCAUCCAGUUUCACCCCAAACCCAUCCUUCAUCGGAACUGUUACAUCAUCAAGUAAGAGGGAUUCUCGCCCGAAUGAGAAGGCAGAGGAAGAGAAGAUUGUUUCCUUCGCGAUGGGAUACGGACACUUUGUGGUGACAACGACACGAUCGGUGUACGUCUUUUGUCACCUCGCAGCGCUGCCGCUCCCACAUGAUGCACUGGAGUGGAAAAACAGCCUGAUUUUCUCUCAGAAGCUUGCGCCGCGAAAGGAAGGCGGUGCUGCGGCAGCGUCUGAUAGCGAGAGCCAUGCCACUGUUGUCUGUUCACACGACAUGGGGCGAGCGCAGGUGUUUCAUCUGUUUACCACAUCGUCCAUCGUGGAUCUUCGCCUUCGCCGCCACCGCCACCGCUGCGAGCAAUACGUUGUGCAGUUGCUGGACGCUGUCUGCCCAAUUCGUGGGGCGCUUGCAAGCAGGAACGACUCUGACGGCGGUGAUGGUAACGAUGACGGCAGUGAUGGUGAUGGCGACGAGGCGAUUGGGGAGCAGCAGCGUGCGAAGACUCUAACAGCGGCAUCUGUGACGUUGGCUUCGCCGUCCCACCGCUUCACACUACCGCUGCAGGUGUUUUGGAAGAGUCCUUUGACGUCCGGAUUGACAAGCCCGAGCAUCGGAGGCCCACUGAGCUCUUCGCCUACCAGCUACUUCAGUGGCAAUGGACCCCCGCACUUCCUCUUGUCCUCGCACUUGCAGAAGGGGCCCGCCGCUGACACUGCAGCAUCUGUGGAGGAAACGACCCGAACACAGGGACCAGGGGCGGUGAUUCUUCCACACAUCGGCGUCCUGGGUGGACACGUGGAGGUCGGUCUUCGUCAGACCACGUAUUACGACACGGACAAUCUGUACAACAUGGCACUACGCCUUUCUGCCCUUUCUCCAUCGACGGAGGAGCGGCACGAUUUGCUGCCACGCGUUCGACACGCGUAUGCAACACGGCUGUUCCGUCAGGGUCGCUUUCUUGAGGCUGCAGCACAACACGGACUGGCAUUUGAUGGGCCACCCUACUUCAACACGCUUCUGCUCGAGUUCUCACGCAUUGCGGUAGAUGACAUGGAGCCACUCAUCCUAUUGCUCCUCCUGCGGCUGGGGGGCUAUGAAAAACACAAACGCGGUGUAGGGGCGCAUAGCGUUGAGGUGAGCUGCCUCGCAAGCUGGCUCAUCUCACUGCUUCUCGAACGGUGCAACCAACUCGGGAAGGGAGUGAAAGGAAACAAUGGUUCUCCAGCUCUGGCUACUUUUUCUGCUACUUCUACCUCUGCUGCUGCUGCUGCUGCUGCUGCUGUGCCGUCACUGACCUCGGGGGAGGAUUGUGGUGCAACGCGGCGCUCGGCCGAGAUGGCAGCGUAUCUCCGCCACAAGUACAGACUCAGGGAGCCGCAGCAAUUACUUGACCACAUCCUUCAGCAAUACCGCACAUUCAUCGAGUGGAAGGCCAUUUGUGCCGCUGUCUUCGGCAUUGCAAACAGCGAGCUCACCAUUGACCUGUGCGAGCGGUUUGGCCACAACGAGGAGGUCUUGUCGCGACUCCUCCUGGCACAAGAGCACUCAUUGGAAGGGCUGGUACGUCUCGAGCGACACAGCAGACGCGCCGUUGCCGUUGGCACCGCUGCUACUGCUGCUGUUGUUGCAGGGGCAACAGGAACAGAAGCAGUACUAGCGGCUGAAGGCCAAACUCCUUGUUCACUUUCGUCGCUCAAGGUGUACUGGAUGCGAUACGCAUCGGUGCUUAUGCGCCGCUCUCCGUGCCGUUUUGUGCGGUACGGACUUAUUCCUUUUGCCUCCGAGUUGAGACUGAAUCCUGUUCAGCUCAUUCCUGCGUUGCUCCUGUAUGACCCGAAGCGUAACGAGACAGUCAUCGAGGCGGACAGUGCGACAGAGGUUGUGCUGCAGCGGCACAUAAUUGAAGAUUCCCUGCUGGAGGAAGAGCGGGUCCGCGCCCCAUAUCAUGCAGCGCGACUGUACUUGGAGCAUGCACUGCACGUCGAGGGUUACACGGACGAUUGCCUCCUAAAUUUGCUGCUGUACUUCACAGCACGUGAUGAGGACGACGCUGCUCUCACCCGCUUCUUCAGUGGGAUUUGCAUGGGCGAUGUGGCGUGCCAAAUAGAGUCGUCUUACGCAUACCGUGUGUGCUGGCAGUUCCAGCGGCCGCUUGGGUGUGCGUGGUUGUACUUCCUCACCGGCCGCUACCAGGAGGCGGUGCAGCUCGCCAUGAGUCUGCGCAAUGAGCAGCUCGCUAUGCAGUUCAUCCGCGGUGUCAGAGGCGACAGCGCGGAGGGUGUGCGCCACGCUCUGUGGAAGGAGCUCGCCACUGCGACAGCGAAGGACAGGCAGGGCGGAUCCCGACGCGCACUGCAGUUUGUCGCUGAGAGUGAAGGGGACCUCAACGUGAGUGAUGUGCUGCCGCACCUCUCGGGAGAUGUGAUGCUGCAGGAGUUCCGGGAAGAGCUUCUUUCGAGUGUCGCGAGCUUCGGCAACACGCUGACGGAUCUCCGGCAGACGAUCGAGGCUGGAGCACGGGACGUGGAGGUGCUGCGUCGCGACAUCGAGACGACGCGAUGCCGCCCACUGAUUCUUCCGGCGGCGCAGCGUUGCGCGGGCUGUGGUCAGCCAGCGCUGACACGCCCGUUCGUUGCUUUCAAAGGGUGCCGCCACGUCUUCCACAAGACGUGCUUCGACGCUCGAAGGGCCAACAUGGAAGAGCAGCUGCGCCAAAUUGCGGUGCCUGUCCUUCCACUGCCGAGUGGCAAAGAGAAGGAGUUUGACAUAACGCCGCCGGCCGAGGAGGAAUUGGAGUGCGUGCUGUGUAGCACGAGGUACCUGCGCCUCAUGCUGACGACUCCGCUAUCGAACAGUGUUAUGGGCUGCCUGCCCCGACUGCCAUAA